AUCCCCACCCCUCUCCCCAGCGGGGUUAAACUGUAAUGGGUUAUUUUGUUAUAUAUAUUGUAUCUCUUUCCUUUUGCAGACACAAUAUGUUCAGAUUGCGGAUAGUAUACGAAGUGCAAUACCACGUUUGAAACUGUUUAAUGAUAAAGACUAUCUAAAAGAUGUUAAGUAUGAACUAAAGAAAAUUCAUUUAAAGAAAUGUUCAUUAACAGUGAUUCCUAAAUUUAAGAAGGAAGAAUUCUCACAACCCACGGUGUGUUCUGAAACAAGAAAGAAAACGCCAGACAGUAAAGUUAGUUCACAAGCUUCUGAGAAGCCAGCGACUGGUGUUAGUUCCCAAGCUUCUGACCAUCCAGAAACAGAUACAAUGUUUACCAAAGAAACUGAACCAUUAUUAAAGAAACAGAAACCUAACCAUGUUACAACCACUUCUUCACCGCCAUUUUCGUUUCAUCCAUUUCAAACUAUUUCCACGUCACCAAAACACGACUUUGUGUUACAUGAUAUACAACUUGAUGAAAAACCAGCCCAAAAUGUAAACAUGCCAACAGACGAAAAGCCUCCCGAAGAAUGUAGAAACACGAUAGAAACAAGUCCUUUCUCACAUACAGAACGUCACGUGAUUUCACACAUUUCGAAUGUCUUCAAUCAGAAACACGACAUUUCGCAUCUAAAUAGACCGACUAGACAUUGUAACAGGCCAGAGUUGGGAGACUUUCCACAUCCAUCUGUGCUUGAUAAUGAUUAUUUUACUAAAUUCUCUCAACCCAACAUUCAAACUAUCUUAAGCCAGCCAAUUAACACGCUUCGUUGUAAUCGCAGACGUUCGAAUCGAACGCUCGAAUGUAACAAUGAUGAAAUAAUAAAAUCUGACUUUUUGGAUUACAUCGACAGUAUACCUAUCCAUGCGUUGGAAAAUGAGCUCUUAGGUGGAGAGUCAAGACGGAGGAGUGGUACGUUUUCACAAGAUUCGAAUAUUGUUUCCCUCGAGUUGGUAAAACCAACGAUGAAGAGCCCGUCCCCUCCGAAAUUAUACCGAAUGAAUAUGUAUUAAUUUAAUGAUUUUUAUUUUUGAAUUUUGUGUAUCAAUAAUGUUAAUAUUUUGGAAUUGUUUUGUUUUUAUGUACAACCAUGUUCCCAAGAUUUUUUGCCUUUUUGACAUCGAAGCGGCGGCAAAAUUAUCGUCAAGUAAGCGCUAGCGG